AUGAACCCCGCAACAGGGAAGCAAGAACUCUCUUGCAAACGUUGCCGAUACCGAAAGUUGAGAUGCACUCGAACAGUCCCUUGCACCAACUGUGCAUCGGCUGGUGCAGGCUGCGAGUAUGAAAAGAUUGACAAGAGACGUAACCCACCAUCGUCAGAAUAUACGAUUGGCUUAAGGAAUCGAGUUGCGUCGUUAGAGGCCUUUAUACAGGAGUUGAGAGACGCUACUCCCGCUCGUCGAGAUGAGAUGCUUGGACCAGCGCUUAGCAGAGGAGGAGCAUCAAAUCUUUCAACUGCAGGUCCUUCUCAAGUCAUUCAAUCUGAUACUCUAGCACGAGCACGCUUAAAACCAGAUGCGGAGGGAUCACUGGUCUACCAUGGCGCCACUAGCAUCUUCAACAGUGACCUUCUCUCCACAAGUGAGAGUUAUCCGAGCCCAACGCAGAGCCUAUAUGCCGAGUCCAACUUUGACCAUGUAAUGGAUCACUUCGGCAUCAAGCUGGAGGACGACACAGCUUUCAAAGCACUGCAGCAGUUCUUUCGCUGGCAGUACCCCCAUUUUAUGUUUGUGUAUCGAGAAGCGUUUCUAAGAGACCAUUUUGGAGAGCGGAGGGGCUGCAAGUACUGGUCAUCUGCGCUUCUCUUGUCUAUUUGCGCGUUAGGCCUUCUCAUGUCAGAGACUGAAGGAGAGAGAAACCUAAGUGAGCAGUUCUUCCAGGCGGCUGAGAGUAUCGUCAUGGUAUCGGGCCUCAGCCGUCCUUCGAUCCCCACAGUCCAGUCUUUUCUAUGUCUAGCAUUCUUUGAGAUUGGCCGCGGAAACGUGUCUAAAGGAUGGGCCUUCUCAGGUAUUGCGUUCCGUAUGGCUCAAGACCUAGGUUUUCAAAGUGACCCUAUGAACUGGCUGCCACACGACUCUACCAUUAUUUCAAGCGAGGAUAUCGAGAUCCGCCGCAGAAUCUAUUGGGGCUCUUACAUCUCGGACAAGCUAAUCAGCUUGAUACUUGGGCGGCCCGUGCAACUAGCCUUUGACAGCGCUGAAGUCGACCUGUUGGAGUUCAUAACUGACGGACCCGGAAUGGAGUAUUGGCGCCCUGUUGGUUUUGGCGAUGACCCAGAGGAGCUUCGAGUUUUGUCAAACAUACCAUAUCUCAAAGAGCAGAUUCGCCUAUACAGAAUCGUUGAGAAAAUGAUGACAACAGUAUUUUCUCCACGGACACCUCGAACGCAGACAGAUGUCUUCACGCGCCAAACGCUGCUUGAUAAUCUCAACCUUGAGCUUUUACAAUGGAGGGAUGCACUACCAGCCUUUGCGAAGUGGAAUAAAUGGUCCACGGGUGUGACGAUAACACCAGCAGUGGCCACGCUUCACAGUAUUCGUAUUGCCUUGAACUACGAAUCAGCGACUACUAGCAACGUUGAAUCGGCUCGAGAAGCUUCACUUCUGUCUUGCACCACGGCAGCUCAAGAUAUUCUUGCCCUGGUUCGAAUUUACAAAGUGCAAUAUGGGCUUCGUCAUGCACCACUCAUAUUGAUUUACGCGUCCAUACAAGCGUCGAGAUCUAUCGAGAAGUUUGGUAUUCCGGAAGAACAGAGCUACCUGGUUAGUUGCUUAGCUGAGUGCUCUCACACUUGGAGUAUUGCUGGCCAAGUACAGGGCCCGAUGCCAGCAGUGAAUCUUGACGCUUAUCACAAUCUGGUAUAG